UUGGCCAGCGGUAUUUAAAGUUGCUUUUCGCUGAUUUAGAACAGAUUUGACUUUCUCACGGACUCUUAACAUCUGAGCAAAUUUUGGGAUUGAAAUAAUAUGGAUUCGCAUAAUAAUUUUUAUUCGACCUUUCCCAUGCUCCAACAUGGGUUUUGUACAACACCCCUCCAACAAACACAGGGAAAACAAUACGAACAACACGAUGUAAUUGGAUACAAACGAAAAUUAAAACGAUCCGACACAGGUUACGCAAGAACCAGAUCAGCAGCAAACUUGCGUGAACGAAGACGUAUGCAAUGUAUCAACGAAGCUUUCGAAGGGUUGCGAAGUCAUAUACCUACACUACCGUAUGAAAAGAGAUUGUCCAAGGUGGAUACUUUACGCUUGGCUAUAUGUUACAUCAACUUUUUAACGGAGCUUAUAAGAACUGAUAACGAUAGCCCGGAAGACGAUGGAAUUUUCUCAACACAUUUUAAAAAUGCUGGGAAAGUUGUCAUAUAUAAUGCUUCAAAAGAUGAUAGUGAAAAACAAGGAUACUUACCUUUAAGAGGCCACUCAUUAUCUUGGUCAAAUGAAAAUAAUUCCCAAAAAUUAAAAUUUAUAAAGACGAAGAAAAUAUGGCGACCAGAAGAUCCACGGCAAGCAAAAAAUGACUUAUUUUUCAGAUAACCAGAAUCUAUUAUGUAUUAUAUUUUUUCCCCUUUUUUCUGAAUUUUUAACGAAAUACCUUUUCAGCUUGUACCUAAUGAAUUAUCAUAAUGAAAUCUCACGAACAUUAUAGAGAAAUUCUAUAUAAAAUAUGAAAUUGGUAAGAAAAAUUCUUUUAUGUAAAAUCGUAGUGGGUUCUCCUAGUUA